GCUGGAAAGAGGGAGAGAGAGGCCCGCCCGCUCGCCGGCCGGGCCAGUGUGAGCCAGUGCGUGAGGGCGCGGGGGGCCGUGUCAGCGAGACGCAGAGCGCAGCCGCCACCACCAAACGGACAUGUUGAAGACCGGCGCUGCCGCCGCCUCCUUUUCCUCAUCCUGCGAACGGGACUGAGAGGGGGCCCGCCACCUCUCCGCCUCUGCCUCGGCCGCCCGCCUCUCCGCUUCGGCAGCAGCCUCUUCCUGCCCGGGCCUCGGGCUCCGCCGCUCGUCGCCUCCCCCCAGCCACCAGGCCCGGCUGGUUUCCCAGCCCCGCUCCGCCGCGGCGCGAGGUCUAUGUGACCGGCGGGCCCGGAACAGCCGCCGCCGCCGCAGCGCGAACAUGGACGCCGUCAACGCCUUCAACCAGGAGCUCUUUUCGCUUAUGGAUAUGAAACCUCCCAUCUCUAGAGCCAAGAUGAUUCUCAUCACUAAAGCUGCUAUUAAAGCUAUUAAGCUUUAUAAGCAUGUAGUUCAAAUAGUAGAAAAGUUCAUCAAAAAGUGUAAACCAGAAUACAAGGUUCCAGGAUUAUAUGUAAUUGACUCAAUUGUGCGACAGUCUCGUCAUCAGUUUGGAACCGAUAAAGAUGUUUUUGGGCCAAGAUUCUCUAAAAACAUAACCGCCACAUUCCAAUAUUUAUAUCUUUGUCCAUCUGAAGAUAAGAGUAAAAUAGUUCGUGUGCUGAACCUUUGGCAAAAAAAUGGAGUGUUCAAAAUUGAAAUUAUUCAACCUCUUUUGGACAUGGCAGCAGGAACCAGUAAUGCAGCCCCAGUAGCAGAAAAUGUUACCAAUAAUGAAGGCUCACCUCCACCUCCAGUAAAAGUUUCUUCUGAACCUCCCGUACAAGCCACUCCAAACUCCGUCCCAACUGUAGCACAGUUGCCCAGCUCUGAUGCUUUUGCUGCUGUGGCUCAGCUAUUUCAGACAACUCAAGGCCAACAGCUUCAGCAGAUCCUUCAGACUUUUCAACAGCCUCCAAAACCACAGUCUCCUGCCCUUGACAAUGCUGUGAUGGCUCAGGUUCAGGCUAUCACAGCUCAGUUAAAGACAACUCCUACACAACCAUCUGAACAAAAAGCUGCUUUCCCCCCACCUGAACAGAAAACUGCAUUUGACAAGAAGUUGCUUGAUAGAUUUGACUAUGAUGAUGAGCCAGAAGCUGUGGAAGAAUCAAAGAAAGACGAUACCACUGCUGUCGCCACAACAGUACCUGCUGCCACUGUGCCCCCUGCACCCACCGCCACCGUGCCUGCUGCUGCUACACCCGCUGCUGCCUCUCCUCCUCCACAGGCACCAUUUGGCUUUCCUGGAGAUGGCAUGCAGCAGCCAGCAUACACACAGCAUCAAAAUAUGGAUCAGUUUCAGCCACGAAUGAUGGGAAUACAACAGGAUCCAAUGCACCAUCAGGUUCCACUUCCUCCUAAUGGACAAAUGCCAGGAUUUGGACUUCUUCCUACACCUCCAUUUCCUCCCAUGGCUCAGCCUGUGAUUCCUCCAACUCCACCAGUGCAGCAGCCUUUCCAAGCUUCUUUUCAGGCACAGAAUGAACCACUUACACAGAAGCCACAUCAGCAGGAAAUGGAAGUAGAACAACCUUGUAUUCAAGACGUUAAGCGACAUAUGUCUGAUAACAGAAAGUCAAGAUCUAGGUCAGCAUCCAGGUCACCAAAAAGGAGGCGAUCUAGAUCUGGUUCUAGAUCUCGAAGGUCUCGUCAUCGACGUUCUCGAUCUCGGUCCAGGGAUAGACGCCGACAUUCUCCUCGAUCUCGAUCCCAAGAAAGACGGGAUCGAGAAAAAGAGAGAGAACGUCGACAAAAAGGCCUCCCUCAAGUGAAACCAGAAACUGCAAGUGUUUGCAGUACUACCCUCUGGGUGGGACAGCUGGACAAAAGAACUACUCAGCAGGAUGUUGCCAGUCUCUUGGAAGAGUUUGGUCCAAUUGAAUCCAUUAAUAUGAUUCCUCCCAGGGGUUGUGCCUAUAUUGUUAUGGUUCAUAGGCAAGAUGCCUAUCGUGCCCUGCAGAAACUGAGCCGAGGAAACUAUAAAGUGAACCAGAAAUCCAUAAAGAUUGCCUGGGCCUUAAACAAAGGAAUAAAGGCAGAUUAUAAGCAGUAUUGGGAUGUAGAGCUUGGUGUUACUUAUAUUCCAUGGGACAAAGUCAAGCCUGAGGAACUGGAGAGUUUUUGUGAAGGAGGAAUGUUGGACAGUGACACACUUAACCCAGAUUGGAAAGGAAUUCCUAAGAAACCUGAAAAUGAAGUUGCUCAAAAUGGAGGUGCUGAAACCUCACACACAGAACCAGUAUCACCCAUACCUAAACCGUUACCUGUGCCCGUCCCUCCUAUUCCUGUUCCUGCACCUAUAACAGUGCCCCCUCCACAGGUCCCACCACAUCAACCAGGUCCACCUGUAGUUGGUGCUCUCCAGCCACCUGCUUUCACGCCUCCUCUGGGAAUUCCACCUCCAGGCUUUGGUCCUGGUGUUCCUCCUCCCCCUCCUCCUCCACCAUUUUUGCGCCCAGGAUUCAACCCAAUGCAUUUACCACCAGGUUUUCUUCCUCCUGGACCCCCACCUCCUAUAACUCCACCAGUAUCCAUUCCUCCUCCUCACACUCCACCAAUAAGCAUCCCAAACUCUACUAUCGCUGGUAUAAAUGAAGACACUACAAAAGACUUAUCUAUUGGAAAUCCCAUUCCAACAGUGGUGUCUGGGGCUAGAGGAAACGCCGAGUCUGGUGACAGUGUGAAAAUGUAUGGCUCUGCUGUGCCACCUGCUGCACCCACGAAUCUGCCCACCCCUCCUGUAACCCAGCCUGUUUCACUUCUUGGUCUUGAAGACCCUGCCUGUUAUUUCUUUUCACUGCUGAACAUACAAUUUAACUUCUGCAUCCAACAUGUGAAACCAAACACAGAUGAGAAGUUGGUGAGCUUGAAAAAACAUAGUAAGCUAGGCAUGGCUAGAGAAGUAAUUAAACUCUGCAUCAGUAGUAGCGUUUAUCAUCACCUGACAUACUGUUUGCGUGUCCAUCUUCCUCCCACUAGAUGGACCCAUGAGAGGGGGAACAUUUGUUACAUGAGUGGGUGGUUCUCAAUGCAGGACUGUUCAUAUUUUACCUCUGAUGAUUAUCUUCAUUCUAAAACAAAAUUUUAAAAUUGAAGGCUAUUCUAAAUCCUGAAGGGUUUAGAAUUUGAUAAGAAAAGUGAAAACAGUUUGGUUGAAAUAAGCACUUUGAACUAAAAUGCAGCAGGUUAGUUCCAGUCAUGAGAAAGAAAGCCUUCCAUGUGCCUUCAGUCAGCAGUCUUGAAAAGAAUAUCACAGGAAUUUUGACCUUAUAGAGGAAUGAGUUUUAAAUGUGUAUGCAAGCUGAGAAGGGUUCAUCCAAGACUAACCAGUUUUAUCAUUUUGAUAAAGGAAUGUGGUAACCACACUGCAGUAUUGUAGUACUAAAGGAUCAGUAAUUAGGUUGGGAUAAUCAAGUGAUGGAAUCCCAGAACUAAGGUGCUUUGGUAUUUCUUCUUGGUGUUCUAAUGUUUUAAUAUAAUAAAAGGAAUUGUUAUGCUCCCCAGAAAACUGUAAGUCUAGAAGUUGAUACUAAACUUCAGUUUUCUCAUCUGUAAAGGCGGAUAAAAAUGACAGACACAAUGGUGUCAUGAUGAUUUAAUGGGCUAACAUAUAUAAGACACUUGCUUUGGGGCCUGCUGUACCGCAGGCACUUAGUGAAUGGCAGGUGCUUAUAUUACAGGUAAGAAAUGUCAUAAUGGUAUUUAUAACACCUAGAGAAGAAUAUGUUUUGCAAUUCUAAAAUUACAUUACUUCAGCUGUGAUUCGUUUUAAAUAUUGGCAAACAGAGGAAGCAAACCUUUUCUUUUUGAGACGAGUCUCACUCUGUCGCCAGGUUGGAGUGCAGUGGCGCAGUCUCAUCUCACUGCAGCCUCCGCCUCCCGAGUUCAAGCGAUUCUCGUGCCUCAGCCUUCCAAGUAGCUGGGACUACAGGCGCGUGCCACCAUGCCCAGCUAAGUUUUGUAUUUUUAGUAGAGAUGGGGUUUCACCAUGUUGGCCAGGAUGGUCUUGAUCUCUUGACCUUGUGAGCGACUGCAUCCAGCCUCCUUUUUAGGAAAAAAAAUUUGUCUUGACAUAGUUGCCUCACAUAUUUUCAAGAUAGAUUAGAUCAUAAAUUUACACAUAUUAAAGUUCCAUCAUUUGGCUUAAUGAGAAAAUGUGUCAGUUUAGUGAUAAAUAGCACACCUACUAGAUAUCUAUAGGUUUUCCAGUGAGUGAGACUUAACUGAAUUCUUGGAUCUAAAUUUGUGAAAUGUGGCAAUAUUUUUAAAGUAGUAGGUGCCACACAGUUGUUCAGUGGGUCUCCAAAAAUUCUGUAGUGAAGCCUGAUUAUACUGGAAAGAGGCAGUGGUGCCUUAAGGAUGGUUUGGUUGUAUCAUCAGACUUAAGUGCGGGUGUUAGUUUGGGAGUAAUUAGUUGAGUUAUACUACUGAAUUGGGAGGGAAUAAAACCAACUUUUAGAGAUUUUUGAUUCUUUCAGUAAUACUGAUAAUCUGAAAAUAUAAAAUUACUUGAUGCACAAUAAUAAUUCAUUAUGACUUGAUUUUAAAGAAAUCUCACACAGCAAAAUAGCUACCAUGGUGGGAGUUUCAUAAAAGCUAAAGGUAACAUUCUACAGUUGUUGGUCCCUUAGGAGAGAAGGAAUAUUAAAAAUGAUAGCAAUUCAGUUCAUUCUCUUUACUGUAUAAGUGUUUGUGUUUACUUUUCAGAAACUUUUGUAUAACAUGUAUCUCUAAUAUGUACAGCCUAUUUUUAUUAAAAAGUUCAUUGUAAAUGUAAAAGUUUGGGUUACUUUGGUGUUCCAAACAAUAAAAAAGAAUACACAA